AUGUGGGAGAUGUUGGACGAUGUUUCAGGGGAUGGGCAGCCUGACCCUGGGUACAUGGUGGAAGUUCAAUGGUUGGGACAUAGAUCUGAGCUGGUUUUUGACAUGGAUGGCAAUCUAUGUAUAUUUGUUCCAAAGAUUCUAUCCAGUCCUGUUUUCAAGCCAGAAGCUUGGGAAAAUGCACCAGAAGCAAAAAAAGGGAAAAACAUAUCAAACAGCCCUUCUCUGGGCUCUAGGAAACUGUUAAGCCUGGCUGAGCAGCUUGCCUGCCACCCCAGCGAGCUCGAGUCAGAUGUAGAUGAUGAAAGCGUACUACAGGAUAAGAAGGUUCAGGAUGUUGAAAAAGAGUUUGAAUUUGAGAUUGGGAAACCUGUAGUUCCAGUUGUGCCUGGCUUCCUCAUCGGAGACAAGGUACUGAAAGAGUUUCUGCUCACACUUCCAAGGUGCAAUCUGCAAUUGUUUACUACUUCAUCUGAUCAGACUGAAUUCACCCUUCGGGGCCGGUCUUCAUUCUGGAAGACGAACAAAACACCACCGCCACCACCCUUCGAACCACCCUUGCAACCAUCUCCUGUUCUAAUGACCAGUGGAGGCCUAUUCAACCGUCCAGGGAUGGAACCAGUCACUCUCCUCCACAAGUCACUGGUACGACGGGACGUAUUGUACGUCGACUAUAGUGGUCGGCGACCAUAG